AUGCCCCCAUCAAUACACCUCCGAACCGCUCUGCUACAGUCCACAAGGACUCUUGGAUGUCCAGCAACACGGAUAGUUCCACAAUGUAUCGUCUCUCGAUCGCCGAAAGAACACCGCUACGCCUCCACUACCAAACACCCCAAAGGCUUCUCCCCACCCACGACAUCGGACCUCGAAGAACUGCGUGAACGAACCAUCGAAUUUGUCCGUCGAGAAAUCCCGCACGACCUCGCGCAGGCCACCGACCACAACAAUGAGUUCCCUAACGACCUCUGGAAGAAAUUCGGCGAGGCAGGCUUCCUCGGCAUCACCGCAGACGAGGACUAUGGAGGUCUCGCCAUGGGUUAUCAGGCCCACUGCAUCGUCCUGGAAGAACUCAGUCGAGCUUCGGGGAGUAUAGGCCUCUCGUAUGCCGCUCACUCGCAAUUAUGUGUGAACCAGUUCCAGCUGCAUGCAAACGCCGAGCAGAAAGAGAAGUGGUUGCCGGGCCUGCUGUCGGGUGACUAUAUUGGAGCAUUGGCCAUGAGCGAACAUACUGCGGGAAGCGAUGUGGUGAGCAUGAAAAUGACUGCCAAAAAGGUUGAUGGAGGCUAUCAAUUGAAUGGGAGUAAGAUGUGGAUCACGAACGGACCGGAUGCGCAUGUGAUCAUCGUGUAUGCGAAGACGUUACCUGAGGCCGGGAGCAAAGGCAUCACCGCUUUCUUGGUUGAUACGACCACACCCGGAUUUAGCGUCGCAAGGAAACUGGACAAACUGGGUAUGAGGGGGUCCAACACCGGAGAACUGCUGUUCGACAACGUUUUUGUGCCUGAUUCUGCCAUUAUGGGACCACUGAAUAAAGGAGUAAAAGUUUUGAUGGAAGGUCUAGAUCUGGAACGAUUGGUUCUUUCCGCUGGUCCGCUCGGUCUGAUGCAAGCUGCUCUAGAUGUCACGUUGCCAUAUGUGCACGAAAGGAAGCAGUUCGACCAACCUCUGGCACACAACCAAUUCAUACAAGGCAAGCUAGCCGACAUGUACACAAAGUACAGAGCCAGUUCGGCCUUCACAUACUCUGUUGCACGGGCCAUCGAUGAGAGUCACGAAGAUCCCGUCAUCAAGACUCAAGACUGUGCCGGUGCGAUCCUGUAUGCUGCCGAGAGAGCUUCAGAGUGUGGCAUGGACGCCAUCCAAUGUUUGGGAGGUAUGGGCUACAUGAACGAAAUGGCUGCUGGGCGCAUCAUGCGUGACGCGAAGUUAUACGAGAUUGGUGCUGGGACCAGCGAAGUGAGGAGAAUGGUGAUUGGGAGAGCUUUUAACAAAGAGUACGGGACGAGGUAAUGGGAUGGCACGUGGUAAUAAUUUUCUUAUUCACCACAUUACCCCCACCUGAUCGGAGCCAUGUCAGCGGUAAUGUCCCUCGAUGCUUAUGCAUCUAUAUAGUGUGGUCCGUGGCGCCGUAUCAGUUCGUGGUCCUGUCUUUCCAAGCGAGCGCACCGACUAGGCUGGCUUUGGAAAACAAUGACCACGAUCGAUCAUCGAUGGGCACACUGGUAAAUCCGCAUUUGCAGUCGAGAACCAUUGGCGCACGGUGAGCUGGAGAAAUAGGUGAGCUUCGAUAUACAUCAAUCUCUGCGCAGUCCAAGAGGAGAGUAGUAACCACGACUCACUGCCAAAGAAAAAUCAAACAGAAGAGUUGAGACACUCUGCAAACUGCCAGUGCGCACAAUGCGCAGAUAUCAAAAAAAGUACACUUUCCG